UCGUGGACAACGUCUUUAAUGCAGCUGCGACGAAUAUUGUUGUUAACUAAAUAAUUACAAAAAAUCAAAUUGUUAACGUUAAAUUCACCCGGACGUGUUUUGUGAAUUAAUUGACCGUGCGCGCGUCGUUCUGUGAACAAAUAAGUGUAGCAAUAAUAUUGAGAAGGCUUCGCUAGGUGCAAGGACACAUCAGCAAAAGCAGCGGCCACAGCAAUUUGAAGCGCAAGGACAAAGGGCGUUACACUUGGACACACACACGCACACACACACACGCAUAAACUAAUCCAGACAGACAGACAGACAGAGUGAGUCGGUCGACCGAGUGAGCGAGACGGUGCCAAUUGCAGCGAAGCGAACCGAAGCGUCGAUUGUGUGCGUGCGUGAGUGGGCGUGAGUGGGCCGAAGCAGCGGCGGCGAAGUUGCGUUGCGUGUCCAGCAGUCGCAUUGACUUGGUCAGCAGUCAAAGUCGAGCAACAUGUCUUCGCCAGUAGCACAGAGCAGCAACAACAACAACAGCCCGUCGCAGUCGGCGUCGGCAGCGGCAGCAGCAGCUACGCAACAGCAGCAAAAUCAAAAGCCAAAUGCUGCCAGCAGUAGCGCCGGCGGCGGCGGCGGCGUCAACAACACACAUGACAAGAGCGCAACUGGCACGACGGGGACAUCGGGCGGCGGCGGCGGUGGCGGUGGCGGUGGUGGCAGCAGCAGCAGCAGUGGCGGCGGCAGCGCCGGCGCACCACAAAGUCCCACAAAACGCAGCACAAUAUCCACAAAGGAGCGCGUCGUCGACAGCGUGCCCUUCCCCCCCAGCCGCAAGCUAACCUGCACCGAUGUCUUUGACGCGCGCACCGGCAAACCCCAACACGAUGUACUUAAGCAGCACUUCAUACUGGAGGGACGCAUCGAGGAGAGCGCCGCACUGCGCAUUAUCCAGGAGGGCGCCACGCUGUUGCGCCAGGAGAAGACCAUGAUUGACAUUGAGGCGCCAGUCACUGUCUGCGGCGACAUCCAUGGGCAGUUCUUUGAUCUGAUGAAACUAUUCGAAAUCGGCGGCUCGCCGGCAACGACAAAGUAUCUGUUUCUGGGUGACUAUGUGGACCGAGGCUACUUCAGCAUCGAGUGCGUGCUGUAUCUGUGGUCGCUGAAGAUCACGUAUCCGCAGACGCUGUUCCUGCUGCGCGGCAACCACGAGUGCCGGCACUUGACGGAGUAUUUUACGUUCAAGCAGGAGUGCAAAAUCAAAUACUCGGAGCGCGUGUAUGACGCGUGCAUGGACGCGUUCGACUGCCUACCGCUGGCGGCGUUGAUGAACCAGCAGUUCCUCUGCGUGCACGGCGGCCUCUCGCCGGAGAUACACGAGCUGGAGGACAUCAGGCGGCUGGAUCGGUUCAAGGAGCCGCCCGCCUUCGGCCCGAUGUGCGACCUGCUCUGGUCCGACCCAUUGGAGGACUUUGGCAACGAGAAGAACUCGGACUUCUAUACGCACAACUCGGUGCGUGGCUGCUCGUAUUUCUACAGCUACGCCGCCUGCUGCGACUUCCUGCAGAACAACAAUCUGCUCUCGAUCAUACGGGCGCACGAGGCGCAGGACGCCGGCUACCGCAUGUACCGCAAAAGUCAGACCACCGGAUUCCCCUCGCUGAUCACGAUCUUCUCGGCGCCCAACUAUCUCGACGUGUACAACAACAAGGCGGCGGUGCUCAAGUACGAGAACAACGUGAUGAAUAUUAGGCAGUUCAACUGCUCACCGCAUCCCUACUGGCUUCCCAACUUCAUGGACGUGUUCACAUGGUCGCUGCCCUUCGUUGGCGAGAAGGUCACCGAGAUGCUGGUGAACGUCUUGAACAUCUGCUCCGACGAUGAGCUCAUGACCGAGGAGAGCGAGGAGCCGCUCUCCGACGACGAGGCGGCGCUGCGCAAGGAGGUCAUCCGGAACAAGAUCCGUGCCAUUGGCAAAAUGGCCCGAGUCUUUUCAGUGCUGCGCGAGGAGUCCGAGUCGGCUCCAACUCAAAGCCUCACGCCGCGGGCGCCUACCCCGGGCCCUCUCGGCGGCAAGCAAUCCCUAGAAUGCAUGCAGGGCUUUUCGCAAUCACAAAUCACCUUGCGGAGCAAGGGCCUGGAUGCGGUCAACGAGCGUAUGCCGCCGCGACGCGAUGCGACGCCAUCGCCGGCGGAGGAGGGGCAAAAGUCACUCUCGGCGGCGGCAGCAGCAGCGGCCAAUGCAAAUGCGAAUUCAAUCAAUGGAUAAUUCUAAGUCAGAGAGCAGAGCUGAGCAGUCAGUAGCAGUAGCAGUCAGGAAGUUAGCCAAGUCAGUGGGUCAAAGCCAGAGGCAAUAGGCAAUAGGCAAUAGAGAAUGAGAAUAAAACACAGAUAUAGAUAGAGAGAGCUAAAGGUUGAUGAGCAACAGUCGACGGCAGCAGCAGCAGCAACAACAACAACAACAAAUAAAACAAAAUGUGUCUUGUGCGCGAGAGUGGGAGGGAGAAAUAAGAGAAAUCAAUUUACAGCAAGCGGCAUUGCACACACACACAUAUACAUAGAUGCAAUUCACACACACAUACA